CGAAGCAUGCGCAGUCAAUCGAGAUAGAAGCCUUUUUAAAAAAUGGUUUCAAAGGCACAGAGUUUGCGCGUGCGCGUUACGGCUUACUGAAGCCAAUCCUCUGGGCCGGAGACCUCGUCCUGCACAUGCGCAGAAUGCUCAAUGACAGGCGCGCGUUGGCUAAGGCUCUGGGAAAAGGGGCUGGUCAUGUUGCACGUAACCUGGGGGUCCAAGGUCCGAGUAUGGUCCCUGGUGCCCGCUCUCCUUGGGACUUCCCGGGCUCUGUCAUCCCUGGCGAACAGGAUGGGGGUGUACCGCAAGAUGUGGAACCCCAAGGAACCCCGAGACUGGGCCCAGCAGUACCGCGAGCGCUUCAUUCCAUUCUCCAAGGAGCAGCUGCUCCGCCUCCUGAUACAGGAGUUCCACUCCAGCCCAGCAGAGAGAGCGGCUUUGGAGGCCUUCUCAGCCCACGCGGACUUCUGUACCAUGUUUCACUACCAUCGUCUCCUGGCCAGGCUGCAGGCCUUGUAUGACCCCAUCAACCCUGACAGGGAGACGCUGGACCAGCCGUCCCUUACUGACCCCCAGCGCCUGUCCAGUGAGAAGGACGUGCUCCAGGCUCUGCAGCCCCUGCUGGCCCAGGCCAACUUCUCUGCGCUCUCUGAAGAUACCCUGGCCUAUGCACUUGUUGUCCAUCACCCUCAGGAUGAGGUCCAGGUGACAAUAAAUUUGGAUCAGUAUAUCUACAUGCAGUUCUGGGCUCUGGGCCAGAGAAUUGGGCCGAUGCCCCACAUGUCCAGUGUGGGCUCCAAGCGUGGCUUCUUCAGAAAGUUGCCCCCUGUGGAGAGGAGAUAUUUCAAGCGCGUGGUGUUGGCAGCCAGGACAAAACGGGGGCACCUGGUUCUGAAGAGCUUCAAGGAUACCCCACUGGAGGGCUUAGAGCAGCUGCUGCCGGAGCUGAAAGUGCGCACGCCCUUGCUGCAGCGUGCCAUGCUCAACCUGAUGCUGGUGUUCUCGGGAGUUGUGUUCUUCGUCAAUGUGGGCAUGGUGGUACUGUCUGACCUCAAGGUGGCCACCUCCCUGCUGCUACUGCUCUUUGCUGCCUUCAUGGGCCUGAGGGCCUCCAAGGUGUUCGGGCAGCGCCGCAGUGCCCAGGCGCUGGAGCUGGCACACAUGCUGUACUAUCGAAGCACAUCCAAUAACUCCGAACUGCUCAGUGCCCUGGCACUCCGCGCACAGGAGGAGCAUAUCAAGGAAGCCCUACUGGCUCACAGCUUCCUAGCCCGCCGGCCAGGGGGCCCCCAAGACCCACCUGAAGAGGCCUCCAGGUGGCUGCAGUCUGAAGUGGAAAGCUGGCUUCUGGCCCAGUCAGGCUGUGAUGUGACCUUCAAUGGACCUCGGGCCCUGGCCCAUCUGCAAGCCCUGACCCCCAGUUUCGGGUUGUUCCCACCACCCGAUUUGCCACAACUGGACCCACUGGUCCUAGGCACUGCAGAGGCCCCGCAGGCUGUGUUGGGCAGUAGCUACCCCUCCUCUUGACCACUCACUACCAGGCCCCGUACUGGCAGGGUGUCAACCUCCUCCUCCACCACGGCAAGCUGUCAAUCGCGGCAACUGCAUCGCCUUCCAGGACUCUGGGUUGUUGACAGGCCAUGAUUUCUGCUAGGCCAUUAGUUUUGCAAUGCUAUAGACUUCAGAGUAGCCAAUCAGGGCUGCUGGCAGUUGCUAGGCACCUAACUGAGGCUAGCCAAUCAAAGCCGUGUAUUUCAGCUUGUUAU